AAAGAAGAAAACUGAUAGAAUGGUAAAAGUGAGAGUAAGAGGAAGGGGAGGGCAAAGGAAGUCAGUUUUGGAUUCGGAGAUGAAAAAAUUGGGCUUUUUCUGUAUUGAAAGAAGAAUUGUUUGUUGUGUUUCACUGUUUCGGCUGGGCAGGCUAGUCAUGGUCGGCCGAAGAUUUUACUCAUUCUAAGUUUAUUACUUUCCUCUACAAAGUGGAGACAUGAAAAGUUACCAGUGGAGCGUUUUUCUGGUUGUAAUAAUAACACUUGACUGCAUCCCAGCUAUUGUCUCACCAAACAGCUGGUAUCAAGGCUGUUAUAGUGUAAAGGAGAUCUCAUCAAGUCUAUCAGAAUGGCUCUCAGGCAAUUGGAAUCUAUUAGACUGCACUCAAAAAUGUUUCCUGCAGGGAUAUACUCUCGCCGGAAUGUCAAAUUCCAGCAAAUGUCUAUGUACAAAUUCUACCAUCAAUUUAUCAGAAGAACAAUUAUCGGCUUGUGACGAAAGUUGUUCAGUUGGUCUUGACUUCAAGUGUGGAGGUUUUAGCCAUGAUCAAGCCUUUGUAAGCCUCUAUGAGUCUUUAGGGCCAUAUAUCACCAAUUCCUCUUUGAUUGUAGUUGCUGAUCACAUAGUCAUCAACCGUCCGGUUACUUUAGACACUUUUGCUCAGUUGGGAAAAGUGUACAAUUCCACAGAUGAUGAAACUGCUGAACCAACUGGCAUAGUAACAUUUUCUGGAGUAUAGAUAAUACAAAAUUCUUUGUGGAAAAUGUCACAAGCGACAAGACACUUGCUCGUUGUAGACACUCUUAUAUAUUUAAUACAUCAGGGACUCAUCAGAUUCGUGUUCAUAUUAAGAAUGUUAUCUCAGAAAAAUACCAUGAGAUUUUUGUGGAUGCAAUUUUACCUGAACCUAAGGGCCUUGAAAUAUCCUUGGUUGAUGCUGAAUACCAUCAGCCCUCCUGUGUCCCAACACAU